UCGUCUUCCUCACGGCCGGCCGACGGCGGUCCGGUCCUCCGUUGGCGUUGGGGGAUCCCUCCUCCCUUCUUUCUUCCGCAUCAGGUACUACUUAUUUCUUCUGAGUUUCGGCUCCGGUGCCUCCUCUGGCGCUCCCUCUGUACCUAAAUACUUCUCCGUAAGGUUUUGCGGCCGGCCAUCUGAAUGAUAGACAGGAUUGCAGGUUAAUUACACAAACAGGCUCAGAUUAUUUCAGCGGAGUAAUAAAUAAAAGACUAAAAGACAUUGGCUGCUUCACUGGAUACGACGACUCUCACAUGCUACUGAAAUAAGAAGCUUAAUUUCAUCUCCUUUUGUGUGUAUCUGUGUCAUCAACUCAUCAUGAUGGCCGGAAGCUCCGAGUAUCGGCCUUUCAACUUGGCAGCAAGAGUAGGAAAGAGACGGCUCAUACCUUUCAAUUUCAAGUUGAAGUCGGCGGUACCCGCCAUUGCUCUGUUUCUCACGGCCGUGGCCAUCCUUGCCGGAAUAACCCAGCACCACCGGAGCAUCACCUACUUCCUGCGCCCGCUGUGGGACACGCCGCCCAAGCCCUUCACCGUCAUCCCGCAUUACUACGCCCCCAACACCUCCAUGGCCGAGCUGUGUGAGCUCCACGGCUGGCGCGCCCGCGCCUCCCCUCGCCGCGUCUUCGACGCCGUCCUCUUCAACAACGAGCUGGACAUCCUGGAGAUCCGCUACCGCGAGCUGCUCCCCUACGUCCACAAGCUGGUCAUCCUGGAGGCCAACGCCACCUUCACCGGCAUCCCCAAGCCGCUCUCCUUCUCCGAGAACCUCGAGCGCUUCGCCUUCGCCAGGUCCAAGAUCGUCUACGACAGGCUCCCCGUCGCCACGGCCACGGCGGGGUCUCAGGGGUCUCGUCGUCGGGAGGAGCCGUUCGACGUGGAGGCCAGGCACCGGCGGGCGCUGAACGCGCUGCUGCGGCGGUCGGGCAUCGCGGCCGGGGACGUGGUGAUCAUGGCGGACGCGGACGAGAUCCCGAGCCCGGAGACGGUGCAGCUGCUGCGGUGGUGCGACGGGGUGCCGGCGGUGAUGCACCUGCAGCUGGAGAACUACGUCUACUCCUUCGAGUUCCCCGUGGACCGCGGCAGCUGGAGGGCGACGGCGCACAUAUUCAGCGAGCGCACGGCGUACCAGCACUCCCGGCAGAGCGACGUGAUCCUGGCGGACGCCGGGUGGCACUGCAGCUUCUGCUUCAGGGAGAUCGCCGAGUUCGCGUUCAAGAUGAAGGCGUACAGCCACGCGGACCGGGUGCGGCGGGAGAGCUUCCUGGACCCGGCGAGGAUCCAGCGGGUGGUCUGCGGCGGGGAGGACCUGUUCGACAUGCUCCCCGAGGAGUACACCUUCAGGGAUCUCUUCAAGAAGAUGGGGCCAAUACCCAGGUCGGCGUCGGCCGUGCACCUGCCUUCCUAUCUGAUCAAGAACGCGCACAGGUUCAGGUUCUUGCUUCCCGGUGGAUGCUUGAGAAGACCAGCUUAAAACGAUCACAAUAUAACUGUUUAUUUGUGAGUUUGUCACGCGGCAACCUUAUAACUUACUCAUGCACACAUGCCAUA